GAGCAGCUUUGAUGUUAACAGAAACAACAACAGUAAAUUUGACAGGCUGGAGAUGGACAGAUGUGCUUCUUAGCAUGCUAGCAAAGAUGGCAGAAAUACAACAUUAACGGUACCUGACAGCUGGGGUCACUCCAGGGUAUUUCCCAGUAGCUCGUCUAAUCCCGGCCAUGGUUCGGUAUCGUCUCGGUGUGGCAGGGAGAUGUUUUAUAUCCUUAAAAUCUCGCUUUUCCCAGGCCAGAGAGCUAGCUGCAUCUUCUCCAUCACCACCGAGAUCGUCCACACUAGCAUAGCAACGGGGCGAACCAUUACAAACUGAGGAGGGGUAACAUGAAUAUUUAGGUCAACUUGGAUUCCACGCACACACACAUAAUAAAUAUUGUAUGUUUCGGCGACAUAGUCUAUUUUAAAAUGUUGUUUAUGUCAGAAAACCGUCCACAAAGUUUAAUAUAUCUGAUUUCACCCCCCUCCUCUCUGUGUUUUAACGCUAUGGUCGUGUCCUGUUUGGGGUCUUUUGACAGCUGUACAACACAGCCGCAUUAUGGUGCAAUCCCUGUGCAAUAACACACAUAAGGACGCAUAGUUGUGCAUGCGCAAACCUUAUUUUUUCCCUUUAACUUACAUGGUUUAAAACUCUCAUCGCAUGAUUAAUAUAAAUGAUAUCAGACAUUGUGAUUCUCACACCAUAAACAUACACUAUACAGUAUACAGUACUAUAUUGUACUAUUCCUUCCUUAAUCAUCCUGCACAUUCUGACAAAAUAAAGUUUUUAGCGUCGUGCGAGCAUGCAGACGUGGAUUUGAUACACAUCUUGCAUAUUCCAGGAGUGUUGGAAUGCAGUUCCUUGAGAAAAACAAUGCAGGUGGCACAAUACUUGUUGAUGUCAGGAAUGUUAUUCUAAUGUUGCUUGUUGCAGAGCAGAGCAACCAGUCAUUUGUCUUGUUUAUGAAAGCCUGCACCUUGCCAGAGACAUGUCUUGCACAGACAUGAAGCAGGCCAUGGUGGUCAUCUCCACAGAAGAGGAAUGGUCCUCUCUGGUGUCUUUGCUGGAGGAAAAUGUUACAGAUAAAGACCAACAAUCGAAUACAGAGGAACAUGUCUAUAACUUGGUGCUGGAUGACCGCUUGAUCAGCCUCCACUAUGCAGAUUUAAAAGCAGACAUGACGGAGGAGAACAUCAGCCAAGUGAUGAAUGCUUGCUUCACAUCUUGCAAAGACGGAAUCAGCACAUUCCUGCUGUUGGUUCAAGGUGGGCGUUACACAACAAAACAAAUGCGACUGUUGGAGAUAGUUCAGGCACAUUUUGGAGCCGAGGCGUACAAGUACCUGGUGAUUGUCUCUCUGGAAGACGGCCAAGCGGUGACCAUGCUGGAUGACACCCUCUUGGAGCUAAUAAACACGUGCGAUGGACGCUACUGCACAAUGACCUCGACCUCUGCCAGGGACAAAGCCAGCGCGCUGGUCAGCAUGGUGGACUACAUGCUGGCCGCGACUGGUUCCACGGGCUACAGCCACAGCAUGCUGGCCGACGCUAAGAAACGCAGCACAGAGGACACGGCGAUGCGCAUGCUGAAGCAGAAGGUGCAGGAAGCUGAGGAGAAGGUGCGGGCCUUCCAGCAGUUGGUCGUCCACAAGGAGGAGAGACGAGCCAAAGAGGUGGAGGAGCUGAGGGAGAAGCACGACGAGGAAAGACGCAAGGAGGCUGCAGAAAGGAGGCGGCACGAGGCAAAGAAGGAGAGCCUGGAGGAGGCUGUGGUCAGCCAUACAGCAAUACUGCACCUCCAGGCCAGGCCAGAGGAUGAGGAUGACACAAACAAGAUGUCCGUCGUCCUGCUGGGUCUGUCCGGUUGUGGCAAGACAUCAGCUCUCAAUCUCAUCUUGCAGCGAGCAGGCAACCAGUACCCCAGUGCCGAGUCCACUGACGAGGACCCCCACCCCACCCUUGUCUGUGAGAGGAGGGAGGUUUGCACGGCGGGGAAGAAGCUUAUCCUGGUGGACACCCCCGAGCUGUGGGAUGAGGACGGCACGGAGAACCUGGAGCAGGUGAAGGACUGUCUGGCUCUGGCGCUGCCGGGACCCCACAUCUACCUGCUGGUCCUCCAGGUGGGCCGCUUCACUCAGGGUGAGAGCGAAAUGCUGACCUACCUGCAGAGGAUCUUUGGAAGGGACGCCGUCGAGCACUGCAUGGUGCUGUUUGUGCACAUGAACCAAGGCCCGCAGCGGUCUCAGAGGAUCCACGACUAUGUGGCAGGGGCCCACACAACGCUGCAUGAGCUCGUCCGGAGGUGCGGCAGCCGCUACUACGAGCUGAGCCUGGCCAAGACCCACAAUGGUCUGAGCUACCCUCAGGUCAGACAGCUGCUGUCAGGCGUCAACAAGCUUGUGGCGUCCCACGGAGGACGAGCACAUGCCGUGAAGAGGUUCGCUGCUCAAGAGCUCCAGGGAAGGAAGACAACGAUUGAGGACAAGAAGAACAACGGCUGGGAGGCCAACUUCCUGCUUAAAGAUGCUUAAUGCCAAUCAUCCAUCAUGUGCUGUAUCUUAUUGGAUUGCUUGGACUUGACCAGGGUGUCCAAACUCUGUUGGGGGCCACUUUGAUCGACGCAUAUUAACCUAAAGCAUUAUUUUUAUUUGUGGGAAAACCUGCCAUGUUGUGCUCAUAAACGCCAUAAUCAGGCUGCUUAUUAGUAGAAAAACCAUCCCACUUCAGCUUGCUUGAGGAGGUUUUCUUUACUUGCAGUGAAUCGGCUUAAUAUUUACACUCUUACUCACGGUGCAUCCAAAAUAACACAACAGGUAACAGGAAGUUACCAAACAUGACUUUGUGUUUUGUUUUGAAUGUAGAGUAUAUUAGUGUGUGAAUGUGUAUUCCGAUCCCUGUACAGUCUGUGUGUGUUUUCACAUGUGCUACUUGGUAUUUUUGGUUGCACCGUGAGUGAGGGAGGUGUUUGCUUUGACCACCCGUGAAUGGCGUACUCAGUGUGACUUUAGUUUAAUUUUAUUUUUGGAAAAUGUUAUGGUCCACUAUGUAAAUAAUGUGCCACGAUUCACAAAUGACCCCCAGGCCGGACUUUGGAGACCACGAUACUAUACGGUAUACUGUAAAUGAACCAAAGUGCAAAUUAAAGCAUUGAGAAGACACAGUGAAAGAUGUGAUAACAUGUAGUAAUCCAAGUGUUUGGUGAGACACACAAGCACCAGAUACCUGCAACAACAGGCUUUUAUUGCAGGUUUGAAUCAUCCCACAACAGAUACAAUAACGUCUAAUAAAAGUCCCUAAUAAAAACACACCAAGCUGAAACUCAACUCCGUAGCCCUGACAUCAUGUCCGUCCCACCACUCCUAUGGAUCACAUUUAUAUAGCAACACACCAGAGUCUUAUUUAUGUUGUUAUUAUGUUUACUAUAUUGGAUAAUAAGAGUGUAAAUGUGACUAUAGGGGUGUUAUUUUAUGUCUGGAGGGCUCUAAUAAUGGACAAACAAACAUUUAGAGGGUUGUAAAAAAGGUUUUCUAUGCUCUAACUAUGAAGAUAUUCAAUUUAUAAAUAAAAAAUAUGACUUUGUGAAUGUGAUUAACCGCGAUAAACAAGGGAUUACUGUUUAGGUUUGGUGCUACAGUUGAAGGUCAAAGUGACAAGUAGAUGACAGGCUUGUGACCUUAUGAGCGAGGAGGAAGGAAAUAUCCCCGAGGUGAACCUUAAGCGUCGCUCUGAAGGCCCAUGAUGCCGUCUAUCCACUGGGUGUAGUGUGAGAUGAUGGUGUAGAUCCCCGGCUUCUUCAGUUGGCCGCACUUCUUCCCUCCGUUGGACGUGAUGCCCACCGCCACGCCGUUGUAGAGCAGCGGACCGCCAGAGUCUCCCUAAAAGAGAAAGACGGGUUUAAUAUUGAGGUUGUGAUUCAGGGAUGGGCUGAUGGGAUAAAUGGGCUGCUGGUGACAUAAAAACACAUAACAGGAAAAACGAAAUAAAACUAAAACAAAAUAAACUAAAACAAACUAAAUAAUAAUGUAAAUAUUGCAAUACAACACAAACUGAUGGCAGGUGAAUGGAAUGAGGUUCCACAGGGUGGCUAAGGCACUGCACGUUUGUUUUCAUGUGCUGGACUGACUUUCAAAGCAUGUUGACAUAUUUAUCUCCAACAAUCAGCUUCUGAUUGUGAUGAUGCCUCCUACGCUGCUGCCAUUACUGUUCCUUUGUCGUCCUUUGUCGACAUUUUGUUCCAUUUCUUUAAGCACGGCAGUUAAUAUUGGAGGGACUUGUUGUGAUAUAUUACUCAAAUAAAGAUUUCAUCCUGGA